AUGGUUCCGUUUUCACCGAUUCAUUUACGGAACCCUAAAACGCUCCACUGUACUUCACGCCUGGGGCUGAGGGUGGUCACCUGCCGUGACGGUUGCGCUGCGGCCCGGAAACCGAGCUGUCACAGCUCUGAUGCUGAAAUGACGAUGAUAAGUCUCCCAGUCGCCAGCUCUCUACCAAUAUCCUCAACGACCGAUCGUCUAGUCGAGAGCGAGCUGGUUCCCGCGGCGAAAUCUAUUUCUGUGCGCUCCCACAAAGGAGGACGCACCAACCAGGAAAGCUUGCAGGGCCCGUCUCUAUUCAAGCCGCACAUUGACAAAUACCUUUCGGAAUACACAGCACCAAACAAACGGACAAACAUGAACAAGCAAAGCCGGGGGGCACGCACCGUGGUGGAAGGCGGCUUCCUUGCUCGCAGCGACAUGUACGCGCGGUCCAUCGUGACGCCUGUACACAACAUCGUCCACCCGCGUCGCCCGUUACACCGACAC